AUGGAAACUUUUCAUAAUGAAUAAUUCCUUACGUAUGCUCAAAAAGGUUCUAUGGAAGAGAUGAAGAGAGCAAUGGUCUAAGGGAAUGUGGAUGUCAAUUAUCAAGACAAGGAAGGUAGUGUGUUUUUCUAGAUUUAAGGAAACACUGCAAUGUUUUAUGCUAUAAUGCACAAUCAUUUGGAAGUUGUAAGAUAUCUGAUUUAGAAUGAUGCUUCUUUGGAAGUGUACAAUGCAUAAGGAUCAGGACCUUUGCAUUUGGCAGCAGAGAAGAUGAAUAAGGAGAUUGUUUUGUUGCUUGUGAUCAAUUAAGCCGAUCCUAAUUUAAAGAAUCAAUCAGGAUAGAGGUAAUUAAAGGAUUAUAAUGUAGACCUGGCGAUGGAAUCACAGAAAUCAGGACUCUUAUCAAUAAUCUCACAGCAGAAAGCAAGGCCUUUUCUGCGUUAAAACAACCAUAGAAAUAAAAGCUGUAAGCAAUUUUUGAGGAUAUCGAUUAUGAUAAUUCUAAAUACAUCGAUCAUGCUAAGGCAGUGAAAUUCAAUAAGUACAUUGAAGAUACUAUUACUGACAAUCAAGCAGAAAAGGAUGCUAAGGAUUUCAUAAAAUCAGUUGCAUUAUGCAAUCCUGAGAGAGGAGUACUUAAAAUAUGUCAUAAUCUUCAUUUAGGUUAACAUUGAUGAGUGGUUCUUUAGCUUUUCCAAGCUGCUUGUUGUAGAUCCAGCUGCCUUUGAUAAGUUUAUUGAGGAUUACGAUAAAUAGGUUGAGAAGAAACAAAAACUAAGACACUAAAUGCAAGAUUGA